GCAGAGCAGAAACAGCAAUCAUUUUUGAUUUUGAUUACAGCUCGAUAAGUCUGGAAGUUGCCAUUGUGAUACUGCAAUUUUUAGAUUCGACAACUGAAAAGUGUUCGCUGUAGGGCAUCUGGCUUUUAUUUCGGUCUAACAGAAGGAACUAAUUGGAGCAUUAUGCAACGGAUUGCUGUCAUUGGUGGCACCGGCAUGACCGGUCAAUGCGUAGUGGAUUAUGCGCUAGAAAAGGGUUUGAAGAUUCGUUUACUUUACCGCACAGAGCCCACCAUUCCCGAGCGCUUCAAAGGUAAAGUUCAAUUAGUUCAGGGCGAUGUAACCAAUAUUGACGACGUUAAACGUCUGAUUGAGGGCGAUGGAGGAGUCGAAGGUGUUUGCGUUAUACUCGGCACACGCAACAAGCUGGAAGCCACAACGGAGCUCUCUCGUGGCACUGAGAACGUAAUAAAGGCAAUGAAGGAAGCAAAUCUCAAGAAAUUCUCCAUUGUAAUGUCGUCCUUCCUUUUGCGAUCUCUUAACGAGGUACCUGCUGUAUUCCACAAACUAAAUGAGGAACACAGGCGUAUGCUUGAUUUGACAAAAGCAUCCGGCUUGGACUAUGUGGCUAUAUUACCACCACAUAUCGCCGAUGAACCGGCCAGUGGCUAUACCGUGGUGCACGAUGAAGCACCCGGACGCUUGGUUUCUAAGGAAGAUUUGGGAAAAUUCAUUGUAGAUUCUUUGGAUCAGCCUGAACAUUAUGGCAAAGUUUGCGGCAUCGCCAAAAGCGCUUAACUGAUACGCUCAAAUUGAUGAUCAGCAUGACAUCAGCAAAAUAGUAUCCCUUCCGCAUAUAAAUGGGUCUCAACUUGCAGUUGGUUCUUCAUAAACGUACAAUUAGCUAUGCUAUUACAGCCUUAUAAAGGCAACUAACAAUAAUAUUUUAUGUAUUCGUACUUGUAUGGGUCUGCGUGUGUGUAUUACGUAUGCGCACUGUAAACUUUCCUUUUUAAAACAACAAAUAAAUAAAUUUAAAUUGUAAUUACGUGCGAUAUCAAUUGGCAAUCGGCGCUUGUUCGGUCAGACACCUGAAAUUUCAAGCCAUUAGCAGCUGUCGUACAGCACGUCAUGCAGGUAUUUCGAAAAUGUGCACCUGUAGAAAUCUUACACAAACCAACAAGAAUUAUAUGAGGCCGGAGAUCAACCU